AAGGUUUAAAGAACGAUGACCUUCGCCACUGGCAGGUCUCCAUGUGGUCCAUGUGUGUACGGAGGACGUUGUGCUUUUUAAUCAACGGUUUUCGCUUUAUUUUUCACUCGUCUGUCUUUUUAAACCACAAACUUUUUGACCACGUUUUGCGCCACCGUAUUUUUGUUGUUACGUUUGGAUUUCACCGGUUCGCACGCGCUGCACGUCGCGUCCACCAGGCAGGCACUCAGUACGCACUUGUUUCAGUCGCAGUUCAGCGCAGCGACACGCAUACCUGGAAUAUCACCAACAAGGGUUUUUUUUUGUAGUCGCUAUGGAGAAAAGGGACGGCCACGCCGCCACCACCGAGUACCCCCAUCCGUUCAUUCACCGGGUGAGGCUGCCCACGGCCCACCGGAUCAAGGGGAUUAUUUUGGGCAGCGUGCUGUUCCCGCUCCGCUUGGUUGUUGUUGUCCUGUUAUUCCUGCUCAUGUGGCCGAUAGCAAUGCUGCGAACGGCCGGCCUCUCCGAGGAGGAGCUGUCGCGGCCCAUCCGUGGCUGGCGAUGCUGGCUGCUCCACGCGAUGAUGUUGAGCAUCAACCGGGUCAUGUUCUUCACCCUGGGCUUCGUGUGGAUCGAGGUGAAGGGUCGGCGCGCUGACGUGAAAGAGGCCCCAGCGCUCGUGGUGGCGCCCCACAGCUCUUUCCUGGACAUGGUGAUCCUGAUGCCCACCCAGCUGGCCACCGUGGUGUCCCGCUCAGAGAACGUCAACCUGCCCGUCAUCGGAGCCCUCCUGGGGUUCAACCAGUCUGUGGUGGUCAGCCGUAAGGACCCAGAGUCCAGGAGGAAGGCUGUGACCCAGAUCAAGGAGAGGCUCACCUCCAACGGAUACUGGCCUCAGAUGCUGAUAUUCCCCGAGGGCACCACCACCAACGGGACAGUGCUCAUGAAGUUCAAACCCGGUGCUUUUCUUGCGGGAGGUCCAGUCCAGCCGGUGCUGCUGUCCUACCCCAACAAGCUGGAUACCAUGCGCUGGACUUACAAGGGGACUACUUGGGUGGAAGCCCUGUGGCACACCAUGUCCCAGUUCUACACCCGGGUCACAGUCGAGUACCUUCCGGUGUACACUCCCUCCCAGGAGGAAAAGGACGACCCGAACCUCUACGCCAACAACGUCCAGAAACUUAUGGCCAGUUGCCUGGGGCUCCCGGCUACAGACUACGUGAUGGAGGGCCGGGUGCCGGUCAGGAAGCUGGGGGGUCUCUCCCUCCCGGUGGAGCCCCCUGCCAAGGCUGCCCUGUCCCUGCUUCGACGCGAUGGCGUGUGCGUGGCCGAGGCCCUGGCGGCGCUGCGUGGCGUGCUGGACGCGCGUCUCUCGGGCGCCCUGGGCCUGAAGGCGGGGCCCGAGGAGCUGGCGGCCAUGUUGUGUCUGGAGCAGCCGCUGACCGCCGGGCAGAUCUGCGCCCUCUACACUAAGGACAACACGGUGGACCUCAGACACCUAUACCUCAGCCUCUCCACGGCCUCGGGCUUCACGGCGUUCAAAUCCAUCCUGCAUGUGGCGUUCAACAUGUUCGACCCAGAGUGCCGAGGCCACCUGCCUGCAGAGGCGCUGUCUGGCCUCAUGGGGGCACUGUUGGGCGCUGCUCAGCGCGACACGGCUCAGCUCUAUGCCGCUGCAUCCAGGGAUGAUCAGCUUACUGAAGAGGAUCUGCUGAGAGUGCUCACAACCCACCCGACCUAUCAGGUGGUGGUAAACCAAUACCUGAAGCCUGAGGAGGCGGGCUCUCCGCCACCCUGCUCCUCCUCCACCAAUGGGAAGGCGGUCAACAACAACAGAAACAUGUCCAACGGCAACACGACUCCCUCGUCCAAUAAGAAGACAGACUGAGGCGUGUGUGUUCGGGGCAUCUUGCAAGUGCCUUUUGUGAUUUUUUUUUUUUUUAUGGCAGGCAAUAGGCCUGUUGCUAGGCGAGUCCUGUGACUUCCUAGGGUACAUUCUGCUCAAACACAACUCUGGGCUUGUUAGAAAUAGUUUAUUUUCUCCUAAAGUGCAAUAAUGUUUCAGCAAAGCUGUGAAGGAGUUAUGCAGAUUUAUUUUAAAUCUUUUGUUAAUACAUGGAACUAUUUUUAUGUUGGAAGGAAUCUGACUUUUUAAUGAAAAGCCAUAAAGUCUGUUUACUAAAUGCUCAGAUCAUAAGCUGAUGUAUAUUCAGUGACUUCCACAGGGCCAAAAAGGGAAACAUUGUGUCGCUAUGGUGUAAAUCAUUUUUAUAUUUUCUUUACCUCCUUGGCGGUUUGCGUGCAUGCGUGUGUUGAAUCCAUUGUUGUUUGAAACUGUUUUAUGUACAAUAAGUGUUUUUUGUAUGCAUAUUAAUAUAUUUUUACAUUCAACCUAUUAAACUGUGAAUCUUAAAUUAUA